AAAAGUGUUUUUUGAAAUCACUUCCUUAGCACGUUUCGCUGCGUUAUUUUGAGAUUAAUUCUUUUGUAUUUUCACAAGUACGUUGUUUUGUAUUUCGCAUUUAAGACCUAGAAAUGUCAGGAAUCCCUCCAGACUCAUGGCAGCCCGCGACGGUGUCACUCGAGACUUCUAUGGGGACCAUCGUAUUGGAGUUGUACUGGAAACACGCACCUAAAACCUGCAAGAACUUCGCUGAGCUGGGCAGACGAGGAUACUACAACACCACCAAGUUUCAUCGCAUCAUUAAAGACUUCAUGGUGCAGGGCGGCGAUCCUACAGGAACUGGCCGUGGUGGUGCAUGUAUAUACGGAAAACAGUUUGAGGAUGAACUUCACCCGGAGUUGAAAUUCACAGGUGCUGGAAUCCUUGCUAUGGCUAACGCAGGCCCAGACACAAACGGGAGUCAGUUCUUUUUGACUCUGGCCCCCACACAGUGGCUUGAUGGCAAGCACACUAUAUUUGGGAGAGUUUGCCAAGGCAUGAGUGUUCUCAAUCGAAUUGGCAUGGUGGAGACUAACAGUCAAGAUCGCCCUGUGGAGGAGAUAAAAAUACUCCGGGUCAAUCUAUCUAACUGACACAUGUCAGUUAUUUUGUACAGUAUUAGUUUGUUUUUGUUUUUUUUUAAAUAAACAAUAAACCAUUAUUUUGUAAUGUU